CUCCACUGCCUCUUCUCUACAAUUAUGGACCGCCGGCAACGCUAAUAUUGGUGACACGGCGCUCGAACGUAAUGGACAAUAAAUAUUUCACCUGGGGAAAUUAUUGAGUUGUUGAAGAUGGAGUUAAACAGCGCUCAUCAGAAAGGAAGUGUCCGUUUUAUGGGUUUUAACUCGGCGUGAGGAGGCUGCGGACAGGUCUGCAGAGCCAGACACAGAAACAUGGCAAAAAUCUACAGUGAAAACUCCCUUUCUGCUCAACGACAGCGGCUGUCCUCCCAUAUGUCGGACAAUGAGCUCGCUGUCAUUGAAAAUGGAGACAGCAGAGCUCACUCCCUUUGUGAAGACAACUCCUCGGAGCCACAUAGAAAUUCAUUCUCAGGUGCUGGGGCAAUGACCAGGCUCUCUUACUUCUUCUUCAUGCUGCGUAACUGGGUGUCUCACAGAAUGAAACCAGAGGAAGAGCGACAUGACUCUUUCCUGGAGCGUUUCAGGGGCCCUGACCUCAAAGAUGUGUCCAGUCGAGAGAGCAAUGCUCAGUCUGUCGGCCAUGAUGACACACUGCGGAAAAGAAAUCUCUCCAGUAAGUGGCCACUGGCUACUUACAACAUGAAUAACUGCAACAACACAGAUGACAAAAAAGAGGACAAAAAAGAUGAGAUUAAAAAAGAUGAAAAAAAGGAGGAGAAGAAAGAGGGGGACAAGAAGGAAGAGGAAAAGAAGGAUGAGAAGAAGGAUGAAAAGGACGAGAAGAAGGAUGAGAAGAAGGAUGAGAAGAAGGACGAGAAAAAGGAUGAUAAGAAAGAUGAUAAGAAAGAUGAUAAAAAGAAAGAGGAGCCCCCGAAAGACGUGUGGAUUAUGGAUCCAGCUACAGACCUGUAUUACAGAUGGCUCUCCGUCAUUGCGGGACCAGUGUUUUAUAACCUCAUAAUGAUUGUGACAAGAGCCUGUUUUAAUGAACUUCAGAAUUCAUAUACAAAGCUAUGGAUAUUCCUGGACUACACCUCAGACCUCAUCUACUACACAGACUCAUUCGUUAGAUCAAGAACAGGUUACCUGGAGCAAGGCCUGCUAGUAAAAGAUGCAGCAAAACUGCGGAGUAAAUAUAAAACAACACCUCAGUUCAAAUACGAUAUGAUUUCAAUGAUACCCACUGAUCUACUGUUUCUGAAGUUUGGAUAUAACAACCCAGAGUUUAGAUUCAACCGUCUUUGCAAAAUGGCAAGGCUUUUUGAGUUCUUUGAGCGGACAGAAACCAGAACCAGCUUCCCAAAUAUGUUUCGAAUCAGUAAUCUUGUACUUUACAUUCUUGUUAUUAUCCACUGGAAUGCUUGUAUGUUUUUUGCCCUUUCAAAAACCAUUGGUUUUGGAACUGACACGUGGGUUUAUCCAAACAUCAGCCAUCCAGAGCAUGGCCGCUUGGCUAGAAAAUACAUCUACUCCCUGUAUUGGUCCACACUGACCCUCACCACCAUCGGAGAGACCCCUCCACCGGUCAAGGAUAUUGAAUACCUUUUUGUGAUUGCUGAUUUCCUCACCGGUGUGCUGAUCUUUGCUAGUAUUGUCGGUAACGUCGGUGCCAUGAUCUCAAACAUGAAUGCCUCACGUGCAGAGUUCCAGGCAAAGAUUGAUUCCAUAAAGCAGUACAUGCAGUUUCGAAAGGUCACCAAAGACCUGGAGGCCAGGGUCAUCAAGUGGUUUGACUACCUGUGGACUGAGAAGAAAACCUGCGAUGAGAAGGAAGUUCUGAAAAACCUCCCUGACAAACUAAAGGCUGAGAUUGCCAUCAACGUCCAUCUGGAUACACUGAAAAAAGUGCGUAUUUUCCAGGAUUGUGAAGCCGGUCUGCUGAUUGAAUUGGUGCUCAAACUGCAGCCACAAGUAUUCAGUCCUGGGGAUUACAUCUGUAAGAAAGGAGAUAUUGGCAGGGAGAUGUACAUCAUCAAAGAGGGGAAACUGGCCGUGGUGGCUGAUGAUGGAGUCACUCAGUUUGUAGUGCUCAGUGAUGGUGCAUACUUUGGGGAAAUCAGUAUCUUAGGUAUCAAGGGCAGUAAAGCCGGUAACAGGAGAACGGCAAACAUCCGAAGUGUGGGUUACUCUGAUCUCUUUGCCCUCUCCAAAGACGACUUGAUGGAAGCUCUCACUGAGUACCCAGAUGCCAAGAAGGCAUUAGAGGAGAAAGGGAAAGCCAUCUUGAUGAAAGACAACCUGAUAGAUGAGGCAGUCGCUAACGCUGGCGCAGAUCCCAAAGAUCUGGAGGAAAAGAUAGUCAAACUGCAGUCCAACCUGGACAACAUGCAGGGUAAGUUUGCCCAGCUGAUGGCAGAGUUCACCUCCGGUCAGAUGAGGAUGAAGCAGAGGGUCACAGCAAUGGAGGCCAAAGUCAAAUCCAUAAAACCAGAGGAUCUGUCUGAAGUGGUUGCUGACAAAGACAAAAAAGUCCAGUAAAAUGAGAGAUAUCCAAGGACUUUACCGGCUGUGAAGGGAUUUUUCAUUUAGAAUAAUAAUAUCCACGUUUCUAUUUAUUUGUACAUCUGUUUAUUAUCAUCACAAUGUGUCAAAUUGUGUACAGUGUAUGCAGCAAAUAUAUAUUUUUAUUUUAUGUUAUAAUUGACAGAUGAUUUCAUGUUCAAAUCAUGAAACUACUGGAGUAUGUUGAUCAGUUGUGCAGGGCUCAACAAUAAGGAGUGCCCAAUUGUCUGGGGCAAAUAAAAUGCCACAUCAGGCCAGUAAACCUAGAAACUCACUUGCUUGAAAAAAAAAAAAUUAAAUUUUUUCCAGUGCCCAUUAUUCUUAGUCAUUAUUCGAUAAAUGCUACUACAUAAAACAGUUUGUUUGGACCAAGUGAGUCUGGGCGAGUAGAUUUCUGGAACACUUGCCUGAUUGGGCAAGUCAAAAAUGUUGAGCCCUGUUGUGUGUGCAAAAAAAAAGCUUUUUAUAGCUGUAGCGUAUGCUCUAAAGAGUACUGACAUUCUGCCCAUUAGGUAUGAACCCACAAAAUACCAAUAACUGCAAUAUCCAUUUGAUGCAAUACGUCAAUGUACAAAAUAAUCCCAAAUACCAGGUCUGCGCUGAAGUUACUGUCGGCAUACAUGAUCAGUUGUAAAUCUGCAAUGUUGUAUGUGAAAAACAUUAAAAUGUUUAAAUAA